UCAUGGGCAUUACGAACUUCUUCGAGAGCGUCAAAAAUUGGACAGUGGCGCGCGUCCAAGGCACGAUUGGGUCCAAGGACGAGGAGCGCGAGGAUGUGCGACGAUUUCCCAACCUGGGCGAGGAUAUACAACAGGUGGUGCAUACGCCGGAAUUUGAGCAGGUCCUGGACGCGGCCUCGCCAUUCCUGCUGGCCAGCAUGGGUGCCUGGCCGGGAUAUUGGCUAUACCGAGGCUUCGAUUAUCACUCGCACAGGGCGCACGUGCCGCUGCCCGUCUACAUCAGACAGACUUUUUACCAAGCCAAACUGCUGCAGCUAUUGAUUAUCAUGACGGGCAUCAUCAGCAUGGUCAGGAAUCACAACAAUUUGCGCAUUUUUCCAGUCAGCAAUAAGGACGAGUAAAAUCAGUUCAAAUUAAAAGCAAAUUCAACAAAAGUUGGUGGCAAAUCUUAAAACCCUGAAGUUCGUAUUAUUGCGGCCCAUUUUGAUAAUAAAAAUUCCUCCCAUUUCAUAUUUUAAUAAAUGCAAUUGACUUUAAA